AUGCGAGUGCAUGGCUUCCGUUCGCGUAUGAGCACCAAGAAUGGCCGCAACGUGCUGAAGCGUCGCAUGUACAGGGGACGCCAUAAACUCACCGUGUAG